AUGUCGUCGAGCCACCAAUCCUAUCGCGUCUCCAAGCAGCCUUUGGCGACCAAUGUCCGGGAAAAUCCGAAACGUCAUCUCAAGUUGGAUCUAAACACGCUCCAAACCCUUGAGAGAAGUCAGAAACCGAGGUCGUCCACUGAUUACUAUGUCUCGAAUCCAGAGAGCUACGAAAGGCUCGCUGCGACAGGAAGCUCUGGACGUACGCCGCAACAGGUGGAGGCGGAUGCAAAGCGAUACCAGCGUGAAGUGGAGCCGCAUGCGAAGCGAUACCAGCGUAACCAAAGAAGGAGGGAGGGGGAGAGGGGUCCAACUGGAGGGCUUGAGGAUGAAUUGCGGAUGAGAUGA